UGGUCGGAAAAACCCACAUGAUUUCCAGAAAUUUUAGAUGGAACUUUCUAGAACCAUUGAUCCAGAAUUCCCUUUACACAAAUUAAAAGCUAAAAUUUAUGUAGAAAAAAAAAAGAUAAAUUAAAAAGAAACACUUUUGCCUGAGAGGACAAAUCGUCCUCUGGUCAUCCUCAGCCGAGUCCACUGUUAAGGAAAGGACAGGCCCAAAGAACAUGGCAUCAGAAGCGCCACCGGUCCCAUUGCCUGAUCUCAUACUGUCUUUAGAGCAAGCAACACUCAUGGCUAAACAACUCCCUUCCACCACUGACCCAACCCACCUCCUUCAAAUUUACUCCUCUCUCCAUCAAGCCCAGCACAAUCUCUCUUCAUUCAUUUCCCAAACCCAAUCUCCUCUCUUCCCUACUCCACCUCCACAAGCCGCGGCCCCUGAGAACUCUCUAUCCUUAGCCACUGGAGCAGGCGGCGCCGCUGCUGAAGAUGAUAGGGACGAGCCGAUGAUGCAAGUAGGUGAUGAUGAUUAUGAAGCUGUAAUAGAAGAUAAUUGUAAGGCAACAAUUGACAAGGUGGAGGAGAAGAUGAGGGAUUGCUUUAUCAAGAAUAAGAGGCCCAAGCGGCGGCUUUCUCCAUCCUUGGUAGAGGAGGAAAGGAGGUUGGUUGAUGACGGGAAUGCUAGAUUAAACGGUUUUGAUCCUCAUGGGACCAGAUUAAGGGCUCUGGAUCUUAUCUACCAGUUUCAUGCCUGAAAUUUCUUCUGGGUUGUGAAAAAACAAAGCACAAACAGAGUUUCUAGGAUUCUAUAUGAAAAUAUUAAAUUUGUGAUCCAGUGGAAACAAAACGUGACCUAAUUUCGUUUAUUCAUAAUCAGUAACGGGAUUUAGUUCCCUGCUAUAAUACUAUUAUUAUGGGUUUGGUGGACUAACGGAUUUGUAUUCUCUAGUUGGAUACUGUUUAUACUCUUCUAAUAUCUGCAAAACAUGAUUCGCCUCA